CAUGAGCUAAGCAAAUGAGACAGAAGAAUGGCACUAUUAAUUAUAGUAAUUACCUGCCUCGUGAUUAUUCUCGAUACCUCACAGUCUUGCCACACCCCGGAUGACUUUGUGGCUAUCACUUCUCCUGGACAUAUCAUGAUUGGGGGUCUAUUUGCCAUUCAUGAAAAAAUGCUGUCCUCAGAUGACCAUCCCAGGCGACCACAAAUCCAGAAAUGUGUUGGCUUUGAAAUAUCAGCAUUUCUUCAAGCUUUGGCUAUGAUACACAGCAUUGAGGUGAUCAAUAACUCGACACUGUUAUCCGGAGUCAAACUAGGGUAUGAAAUCUAUGACACGUGUACGGAAGUCACAGCGGCAGUGGCAGCAACUCUGCGGUUCCUCUCUAAAUUCAACUGCUCCAGAGAAACCGUGACCUUCCAGUGUGACUACUCCAGUUACCUGCCAAGGGUAAAAGCUGUCAUAGGUGCUGGCUAUUCGGAAAUAUCCAUGGCUGUCUCAAGGAUGCUGAACUUACAGCUCAUGCCACAGGUGAGUUAUGAAUCGACUGCAGAAAUCCUAAGUGACAAAGUCCGCUUUCCUUCAUUUUUACGGACUGUACCCAGUGACUUCUACCAAACUAAAGCAAUGGCCCACCUGAUCCAGCAGUCUGGAUGGAACUGGAUUGGCCUCAUAACAACAGAUGAUGACUAUGGAAGAUUAGCUCUGAACACUUUUGCAAUUCAGGCCGCUGCAAACAACGUGUGCAUUGCCUUCAAAGAGGUGCUGCCAGCCUUCCUCUCAGACAAUACCAUUGAAGUCAGAAUCAAUCAGACACUGGAGAAAAUCAUUGCAGAAGCCCAGGUUAAUGUCAUUGUGGUGUUUCUGAGGAAAUUCCAUGUUUUUAAUCUCUUCACUAAAGCCAUUGAAAGACAAAUAAAUAAGAUCUGGAUUGCUAGUGAUAACUGGUCAACCGCUACCAAGAUUAUCACCAUUCCUAAUAUUAAGAAGCUUGGCAAAGUGGUGGGGUUUACAUUCAGAAGAGGCAAUAUGUCUUCUUUCCAUUCUUUUCUUCAGACUCUGCAUAGGUAUCCCAAUGACAAUAACAAACCCCUACAUGAAUUUGCCAUGCUUUUUUCUGCCUGUAAGCACAUCAAAGAUGGUGAUUUGAGUCAAUGCAUUUCCAACUAUUCUCAAACAGCUUUGACCUAUGACACUACCAAGACCAUUGAAAACCACUUCUUCUUGAGAAAUGACUUCCUGUGGCAUUAUACUGAGCCAGGACUCAUUCACAGCAUUGAGCUUGCAGUGUUUGCCCUUGGCCAUGCUGUUCGUGAUCUGUGCCAAGCUCGCGACUGCCAGAAAUCCAACGCCUUUCAACCAUGGGAGCUACUUGAUGUGCUGAAAAAUGUGACAUUCACUGACGGAAGGAACUCGUUUCAUUUCGAUGCCCAUGGGGAUUUAAAUACUGGUUAUGAUGUGGUGAUCUGGAAGGAGUUGGGUGGCCUCAUGACCGUCACAAAGAUGGCAGAAUAUGACCUGCAACACGACGUCUUCAUCAUCACAAGCCAAGAAGCAAAACGCGAAUUCAGGAAACUUAAGCAAAUUCUAUCUAAAUGCUCCAAGGAAUGCAGCCCUGGUCAAAUGAAGAAAGCCACAGGAAGCCAACACAUGUGCUGCUAUGACUGUGUGAGCUGUCCCGAGAAUCACUAUAGCAACCAGACAGAUAUGGACCAUUGCCUUUUAUGCAACAACGAAACCCACUGGGCCCCAGUAAGGAGCACUAUGUGCUUCGAGAAGGAAGUGGAGUAUCUGGACUGGAACGACUCCUUGGCUCUCCUCCUCAUCGCCCUCUCCCUACUAGGAAUCGCCUUUGUUCUGGCCAUUGGCAUAAUAUUUACAAGAAACCUGAACACACCAGUUGUGAAAUCAUCUGGGGGAUUAGUGGUCUGCUACGUGAUGCUCACCUGCCAUGCCCUGAACUUUGCCAGCACAGGCUUUUUUAUUGGAGAACCCCAAGAUUUUGCAUGUAAGACCAGGCAGACACUGUUUGGUGUGAGUUUUACUCUCUGUGUCUCCUGCAUUUUGAUGAAGUCCCUGAAAAUUUUGCUGGCAUUCAGCUUUGAUCCCAAGCUGAAGACCUUCCUGAAGUGCCUUUAUAGGCCAGUCCCCAUUGUCCUCACCUGCACAGGCAUUCAAGUGGUCAUUUGCACUCUCUGGCUGGUUUUGGCAGCCCCUGUGGUAGAGGAGAACAUCUCCCUGCCUAGAGUUAUUAUUCUGGAAUGUGAGGAGGGCUCUGUUCUGGCCUUUGGCACCAUGCUGGGCUACAUUGCAGUCCUGGCCUUCCUUUGCUUCGUAUUUGCAUUCAAAGGGAGAAAACUUCCUGAGAAUUACAAUGAAGCUAAGUUCCUGACUUUUGGCAUGCUGAUUUACUUCAUAGCUUGGAUCAUAUUCAUCCCUGUCUAUGCUACCACAUUCGGCAAGUAUUUGCCUGCUGUGGAGAUUAUAGUUAUUCUGAUAUCCAAUUAUGGGAUUCUCUGCUGUACGUUCUUCCCCAAGUGCUACGUUAUACUUUACAAGCAAAAGACUAACACCAAAUCAGCCUUCCUCCAGAUGGUUUACAAUUAUUCGUCUCACAGUGCCAACAACCUUGCCUUGAGUCAUGUAUCGCUAAACCCCACUAACCAUGAUACUGCAGUAACUAAUCUAAGCCAUAAUGACAAGGCUGCAGCCUGUCCCAACAGCAACCAUUGUCUGGCACAAGUGUUUGGCAUAGGAAGAGAAAAUGCUACAAAUGUGUCUAAAACUUUGCAUCAGAAAAGAAGUUCAAGUAUAUGAAUUAGAGUUCUUAGGGUAUGCCAUGAUCCCCAAGAAGUUUC